GCGGUGGCGGAAGCGGCGGGCGCGGCCAUGGCGGCGGCGGCGGGUCAGCAGUGGGUGCUCGUGGAGAUGGUGCAGGCCUUCUACGAGGCCCCUGCUUACCAUCUCAUUUUAGAAGGAAUUCUAAUUCUAUGGAUAAUCAGACUUCUAUUCUCCAAGACAUAUAAGCUUCAAGAGCGAUCUGAUCUAACACUUAAGGAAAAAGAAGAAUUGAUUGAAGAAUGGCAGCCGGAGCCUCUUGUACCUCCUGUGCCAAAAGAUCACCCAGCUCUCAAUUACAACAUUGUUUCAGGUCCUCCCACCCAUAUAAUCACUGUUAAUGGGAAGGAAUGUAUAAACUUUGCAUCAUUUAACUUUCUUGGACUUUUGGAUAAUGAAAAGGUUAAGAGUGCAGCCCAGGCAUCUCUGAAGAAAUACGGUGUUGGCACUUGUGGACCUAGAGGAUUCUAUGGUACUUUUGAUGUGCACUUAGAAUUAGAAGAAAGGCUUGCAAAAUUCAUGAGGACUGAGGAAGCUAUUAUAUACUCGUAUGGAUUUGCAACAAUUGCCAGUGCUAUUCCUGCAUAUUCAAAGAGAGGGGACAUUGUGUUUGUAGAUGAAGCUGCCUGCUUUGCUAUUCAGAAGGGAUUACAAGCAUCUCGUAGUAACAUCAAGUUGUUUAAGCAUAAUGAUAUGGCUGACCUUGAACGACUGUUGAAAGAACAAGAGACUGAAGAUCAAAAGAAUCCUCGCAAGGCCCGUGUAACCCGAAGGUUUAUUGUAGUUGAAGGACUGUACAUGAACACAGGAGACAUUUGCCCUCUUCCAGAGUUGAUAAAGUUGAAGUAUAAGUACAAAGUUAGAAUAUUUUUGGAGGAGAGCCUUUCCUUUGGAGUCCUUGGAGAACAUGGAAGAGGAAUUACUGAACACUUUGGAAUAAAUAUCGAUGAUAUAGAUCUUAUUAGUGCAAACAUGGAAAAUUCACUGGCUUCUAUUGGAGGAUUUUGCUGUGGAAGAUCUUUUAUUAUUGACCAUCAGAGACUGUCUGGUCAAGGCUACUGCUUUUCUGCAUCCCUACCUCCUUUGUUAGCUGCUGCUGCUAUUGAGGCUCUGAAUAUUAUGGAAGAUAAUCCAGACAUUUUUCAGACUCUCCGGGCUAAAUGCGAACACAUUCACAAAGCUUUACAGGGGAUUUCUGGGUUAAAAGUAGUGGGAGAAUCUUUUUCUCCAGCAUUGCACUUAGAGUUGGAGGAGAGCUGUGGAUCUCGAGAAAAUGAUGUGAAGUUACUCAAAAGAGUUGUGGAUUAUUGCAUGAACAGUGGUGUUGCAUUAACACAGGCUUGCUAUCUGGAGAAGGAAGAAAAAUGCCUUCCUCCACCCAGUAUUCGAGUGGUGAUAACAGUGGAACAAACAGAACAAGAACUGGACAAAGCUGCAUCACUUCUUAAGGAAGCGGCGCAGUCUGUGUUGAAUUAGGCUGCUGCUUUGGGUUCCUCUUUCCCCAAAUUAUUGGGAUAAGUGUUUCACACUGCAUAGCAACUUCCAGAUUCUUCCACUGAUGGCAUUGAAACACGACUAACAAAAUUGUUCCAGAGUAGUACAAAUGCAGUGAGGGGAAAAACGCUGAAUUUUGGAAUUGGUGAAUGACACUGUGUUCUUCCAAUUCAAACUCUACCGUUUACUGUCAUUUCUUAAAAGGGGGAUAUCACUGUUGCACUUAUGACUCUUUUGUAAGUGUAAUCUAAAAAGUUUUAAAUUUAUUUCUUCAGACCCUUAAACGUUUUCAAAAAUGUGUAUGAACAUUUUGUUUCCCCCCCAACCAAAUAAAAUGUAUUGUUUUUUGUGCAUUUUCUCAGAACGUAGGAACUUCAGAUAAGUUUCAAGGAAUUAUCCCUUCUUGCCUCCCAAAUGAAAAUAGACUGUUCCUAACACUGCCAAAAGGAAGAAAAUAACACAUGAGGAUAUAAUUUUGUGCUAUAUUAUAUCAUUUAUUAUUGAGUUACAAUAAUAACUCAAUAUUGAGUUAAAGAGGGAGGAACUUUAAUUCUUUUUUGUUUAUAUAUCUUUCUUUAACCAUUUUUUGGAAGCCAGGUUUUAAGAAUGCCUGGCCAGAGAAUUCCAUUAUCUAAACAGUAAAUUCAUAUUAAAUACUAUUUGCUUCCUGCAUUCCAUAUGUAAUUAUAUGCGUGUUUGAUACUAUGGGUUAAGUUUUUCAUAUUGUUAACUUUAAAAUGUCUAAACUCAAACCUCUGAAUUGUGAAACUGGUGUAAUUCUGAUGGAGCAUGUUCCAGUUAGGGGAUCUUUGCACCAGUCUUGAAGAGGGGUCAUAGGCAACAUGAAAAAUGAACCAAGAUUUUGAAACAGCAACUAAAUACUAGCUUGUCAAACUACUUUGAUAUGUGCUAAGUUUUAUGUCUAAACAGGUAUAUCUUAGAAGGGAAGAUUCACAGCUAACUGAGAAGUUAGAUGGUGCAAAUGCUACUGAAACACAACUCAAUCCAUGCACAUAAAAUUCCCAAGUAAUUUGACAGUAAUAUUUGGAGGCUGUGCUGUCAGGAUUUUCAGUAAGUACAGAUGGACAUUACAUACACGAACACAUUACAUCAAUAAGGAAACUGGUAAGGAAGUAUGUACCUUUUUAUAAAACAAAAAACAGCUUUGUAUUUCAGGACUUUGCUCUAAGAAUGCUUGUCUAAAAAUUUUGUAUUCUGCCUAAUCUGUGUUGUUUUGUACUUACGUGCCUUUUUGGUUGCUGCUACAAGGACUGCAGGACUGUUUUUGAGAAACACCAUUGUUAAAUAAAAAGUUGAUCAUCUUUGAUUCAGAUUUUUACUUAAUUAGAUUUUGUAGCACGAUCGACCGUAUAUUGUUGAAUAUUCUAUAUCAGAUAAACAUAGACUGCGUUGCCUCCUUCAGUUCACAGUGACUGUUUCUGUGCUGGCUUUCAAAACUUUCAGCUGUGUACAUUCAGAUGCAACAGCUAAAGUUGUGUUGGGGCACUUUUGUGGUUGUUGCUUGACUAUUUUGAAAUAGUCAAAUCUGUGCAUGUAGAAAAGCCUUCAUCCCAAUGUGAAAGGGUACCCCUAUUUCACUGACAUUUAUGUUUUUCUCUGUUACUGUGAAUAAAAGCCUGUGAGAAGCCAA